AUGGGCGCGCUGCUAUGGUGGGACCAGCUGCGGGCCGGCAGCUCGGAGGUGGACUGGUGCGAGGACAACUACACCAUCGUGCCUGCCAUCGCCGAGUUCUAUAACACGAUAAGCAACGUCUUGUUUUUUGUUUUACCACCCAUAUGUAUGUGCUUGUUCCGUCAAUAUGCAACCUGCUUCAACAGUGGAAUAUAUUUAAUAUGGACUCUGCUGGUUGUGGUUGGAAUUGGAUCUGUUUACUUUCAUGCCACUCUCAGUUUCCUGGGCCAAAUGCUGGAUGAGCUGGCUAUUCUCUGGGUCCUGAUGUGUGCUUUUGCCAUGUGGUUCCCAAGGAGAUACCUGCCUAGAGUUUUUCGAAAUGACAGGAGCCGAUUUAAAGCUGCUGUGGGCGUUCUGUCUGCAGUGACUACCUGCCUCGCCUUCAUUAAGCCUUCCAUCAACAACAUCUCACUAAUGACUCUGGGUGUUCCCUGCACAGCUUUGCUUAUUGCUGAGUUGAAGAGGUGUGAAAACCUACGUGUGUACAAGCUGGGUCUCUUUUCAGGUCUUUGGUGGAUGCUAGCACUUUUCUGCUGGAUCAGUGACAAAGUGUUUUGUGAAAUCUGGUCCUCGUUUAACUUUCCCUACUUGCACUGCGUAUGGCACGUUUUGAUUUGCCUUGCAGCGUACCUGGGCUGUGUCUGCUUUGCUUACUUUGAUGCUGCCUCUGAGAUCCCUGAGCAGGGCCCCGUCAUAAAGUUCUGGCCCAGUGAAAGAUGGGCGUUCAUUGGGGUUCCCUACGUCACCCUCCUCUGUGCACACAAGAAAUCACCUGUGAAGAUCACAUGAAGUUGGCCAUGGAAUGAGGAUGGAAUUUCAACUUACAUUCCAGCAAAGACAGCAUUUAAAUAAUGAUAAAUUAAUAGGCUUCUAUUAAUUCUAUCUUGUUCUUAAUAUAUACAGCACUUCAGGUGUCACAGAAAGAGGAGGCAAGUGUGUUCUUUUUUCUCUCUGGGGGAGAGAGAGGAGGCAGGAAAUUGCAGGUUAUUGAAUACUGAAGUAGCCACUAGGUUCUCUGGUUGGCUCUAUUUUGCACUGUGUUUUCAAUGUAGCAUUUCACUUUAUAUAAGCUCUUUCCAAAUACCAGGGUCAAGGAAUGAUGUUUCUGUAUUAUGUCACCUCUGAUGCUUGACUCCUUUUGUAACCUCUGGCUGAGGUCUUCUUUCCGAAAGAAGCCAGGCCAAGAUGCCUACGUGCCAUCCUGUGCCCUUCUCAGCUUUGAUGUGGUUGCAUAUGGCCACAAGAGUGUGCUCGAAGCACACACGCCACCCAGCCUGGCCGGUGACAGAGAGAUCUAGCUGCACAUUGCCUCGGGUCUCAGAGUAGGUGGUUGCUUCCCCAAGUGCAGUUGGAGACCAGCGUAAAGUGCUUGCAACUGAGUAACUGCAGCAGUGCAGUUGGGUGGUGUGAAUGUAGGAAUAGCUAACAGAAUAUUCAGUCCCUAAAAUGAAAUAGUUCAAGGGUUUUGAGCUUUCCUCUAUUUCCACUGACCUCUAGAGAUUUGUAUGAUCUUACAUAAAUGUCACCAAAAUCUCUUUCUCCUUACAGACAUGUUUGGUCUUGAAUUUGACAUUGAAACUCACACAGAAGUGUGAGCGUUAACUUCAGGAAGAGCUCAGGUCAGCAUAGAUCGACAGUGUGAUUAAACUAUAAAAACUUUCAGGUGCCUAGCUGUACCUCUGAGAGUUAAUUUCUCACCAAUGCAUUGCAAAGUGACAUGAAUAAUAGUCCAGUUUGUAGUGUGGUAGUUAUACAUAGGAAAAAAGUAGAUACCACUUAAAAAAACAAAAGACUUAGAUUUCCAUGAGCAAUGAAAUGUGACAUUGGGUCUUUAAUUCUUACAAAAGAAUAUUAGAUUCAGGUUUCCUGUUUAUUUUUAACAAGCUUUGUAAAGCUAAGGGAUGUCUGGACCUGUUUAGUUUUUAGGGGUAUACUUUGAAGUUGAGAUUCAGGAAUGGCUGUGGUUCUUGCAAGCUCAGUCUGUUUUAAAAAAAGAUGGAAAGUGCAAGCAUGUUUUUCAAAUAUUAGCAAUUAUUUCUGCUGAUCACUGCAGUUCUCAUGAAAGUAAGAUCUUACAUUCCACCUAAUAUCAGAUCAGCAAGUGGAUUAAGGCUUUGUAUGUACACGUUCAUUAAUAAGUGAUAUUUCUUUUUUCUAAUACUAGACCAAGAAAUACCAUUUCCUCUGUACUUUGCUAAGAACUCUCAUGCUGUAGUUGGGUUUUAAGAGAUGUGAAAACGUACUGCAUACAGUGUAAUCUUUAGGAAAUGGCCUUUUAACAAGAACUUUGGGGUAAUUUAACUUUCAAGCAUUGUAAAACCUUUCAGAUAACUUUUGUAUUCAAAUUUAUGUUUGGAAAACAAGAGCUAAGAUAAAUGCUCUUACACUUAAAGUUUUUAGUGGGAGAUAUGACUAUCUUCUGGAGAGCUUCAAAGUGGAUAUAUAGCCUACUGUCAGAUUUACUAGCAGCUCAUAAAACCAGCAAAAUUUCCAGUGGAACAAUGUAGAUGUAUAUAACUUGCUAGUAAAUUUUUGUCUGAGAGAAAUAUGGGGUUUUUUUGGACACAGCAUCAUAUAAUUUUUCUAUGAAACUUGUUUGUAUAAGUUCAUACAGUAAUGUUUGUUACUCUUUGAAGCAGCUGCAUUUCCCUUUUCCUUCCUUUCUAAUUAUGAAGUGCUCAGUUUCAAACACUUCUCAGGUAUUAAAAUUAAAAUGAUGAGAUCCUUAUACAGAUAGACUUGCUGGAUGGAAUCCAGCUAAGGUUGCUGAUGCCUGACAUGGCCCUGCAUUGAGUAAGAUUUUUCAGUAUGUUUGCUAAAUUACUAUGUUAUGGAAAUUAAGUUAUUUUCAGUGUUGCUUGGGAAAUUAGUAACUGCAGGCAUAAUGGACUAUUCAAAAUGACUGGAGCAAAGGCUCCAGUUAAUAUUUUGUUUAAAAGCAAUCUCAGACUCUAAUCAAGGUCUCCAGUCAGCCCGCUGCUAACUUCUGUCUUCUGAUCUGCAGAGUCUGGCUGCUCACAAAGAAGUAAUUUUGUAAUUUUAAAAAAUGGCAGUAAUGCAUUCAGGUAUUGCAGAGGAGAAUGAAUGCAGGUACAAGCCAAGAAUCAUCUCUAUUUUUAUUAACUAAGCUUCAUAAUUUUCAUAGGGGAUUCUGUGAACAAAGAUCACUAUCUGAUAUUCAAAGGUCACUGCAGAACUGCUUGAGAGUAGUCUACUGUAACGGCAGUCCACUGCUUUUAGGUGUGGCUACUGCACUUUACAUUAAAUGAAUGUUAACCAGUAUGGUCUGACAAAAGCUACAUUUAUUUCAGAAACAAAAAAUUAUUAUGUUUUUUACUGGAUUCAGAGUUUUACAGAUUGCACUUUGGACUAAUGCUUGAGUUCACGGUAACAUUAGUACUCGAAGUAAGUGAUUGGCAUACGGGCGGGUUUGUGGUGGCCUAAUCAAAUGAAUAGACAUGUGCACAAGUAGUCAUAUUAUAUUGGAGUAUAAGGUGAUACAUCCUCAGGUUGUAAAGCCCCAGAAUGCUUUCUUCCCUUGCUGUUAGGAAGUAGGUCCUUGCUGUUAGGUCCAAUUAGUAUUUAAUUAGUGGGAUGCAAUAGUAUGUUGAGUGUAAUGUAGAUUCUGUAGAUUGGUGUGUGUUAUCCAUCAUUCCCUCAGCAUUACAAUUUGGAUUAUUUAGAAGAGGAUGUUUGUCUCUCAAUGAUGGCAAACACUUGCCCAGUUCACAGUCGCUAAAAACUCAAUAAAUAGUAUCUAGGGAGUGGUAUUGAGGUGUGUUUGAUAGAUUUUUUUGUUUGUUUGUUUGUUGGUUUGGUUUGGUUUGUUUUUUUUCAUCUCAUUUGAAGACUGUAUGCUGAAUAUUUGUGGAAAGCAUGUAAUACUUUGCAACUUUGUAACUUUGCAACAUUGCGUUCAGAAUAAAUACUGUAUGCCUUUUGUUCUUUUAGAUGGUGUGGUAACUUCUACCUUAAAGGGUUGUGGAUAUCUGUUUUUAAGUGUUAUUGGUGUCCUUACUGAAAAUUCUGUUAGGCUCUGGGGCAAGUUAAGAAACAGUCUGUUUAUUUGGGCUACAUUUGGCACAUUUUGUCAAAAUCAGUCAUGUUGACAGCAUGCAGGAUAGCUUCUCUGUGA